AUGCUCGCUUCCGCUGUCCGUGCUGUUGUUGUGCCAGUGGCCGCCCCGGCCGCGAAUGUGAGUGUUGGCAGCAGUACGUUGUAUCGCGAACAGCUGGUGCAGGACAUCCAUAAUUACGGAGUCUACUGCUGGGACGCGAUUCGUUACAUGGGUUUUGAUGAAUUCUUGGCUCAGGACACCAACAUGGGUUACAUGUCUGCGGAAUUCGCGAAGCUCAUUGUGGCAGUUGGAGACCUUAGUGAAGUCGCUCUGGCAGACCCGAAGGUCUAUGUGGAAGAACUCUUGAACAGAGUCAACGGAACGGAGAAGAUGGCAUAA